UUUUCAUGUUAAGGUGAAGUUGAGUGAUUCCGACUGACGGCGUUUUGCAUUUACAAACAGAGUGGAGUAAUAGAGGGAACGGAAAGUUCAGGUUAAUCAUGUGGAUCUCCUCUUCGACAAAAAGAGCUCGACGUCAAUGGAUAUGGUUGAUACUGCUACUCUCACUGCAAGUAGUGCACGGGGCUGAAGAAACAGCUGUAGAGGAUACCACCCCUCAGGACAGCUACACAUCUCAAGACAACUCUAACAAUAAUUCCACAAAUAACGAUUGUGAUUGCGAUUGUGAUUAUAAAGUGCGAUGUAUCACUUGUCCUUUCAACCACGCGGAGGAACCACACUACGAUAAACAGAAUGAUAUCCUUAUAUUUGUCGAUGCGUACCUCGGGAAAGUCUGCAUCUACGACCCGAGCACCGGCUGCACAUCCUGCUCCUGUGAUUUAGAUGAACCACUGGGCUCAGUUAUCCCGCUUCUGGACUCAUGCAACGAGUAUAUCAUUGGCUACGGGCCGAAAAUGGCGAAGAUGAAGUGGGACGGAUGCUGCGACACUUGUCCGGAGAUCACCAUUAUAAGUCGACAUGACAAAGAAAAACGUGGUAUCGUAUUCAACGACGGAAAGGCCGACCUCUUCGGGCGCCCCUUCAUGAAUACAAAAGGGCCUUUAGGACCCGACGGAGAAACAACGGAGAGUGGAUACGCCACUUUGUACCGCUACUCGAAGAAGAAGUGCGGGUUGCAGGACGCUCUCGGGAGAGACGACAAAGGCGACAUCUUCAACGGAAUCGCAUGGAAUUGCAACUACACCAAAAUGUACAUGUGCGAGACGAAAAGGAAAAAAAUCUACUGUUUCGACUACGAUCUCAAAUCUGGCGAAGCAAGCAAUAAGACGACGGUGUUCGAUUAUAAUAAAGAAAAUGAAGAUGGAGCGCCUGAUGGAAUGACAAUCGACUGUUGCGGGAAACUAUGGGUAGCUAGUCUGGGAGGUUGGCACGUAAUUCAAGUAGACCCAGAUCAAUCUAAGGUAAUGCGGAGGAUCAAAAUACCCGCCAGAGACGUUACAUCGUGCAUAUUCGGUGGCUGCGGCCGAGACGACAUACUGUACGUCACGACUUCCCAGCGAAAUUUGACGCCUGACGAGAAAAAAGAACAGCUUCAAGCAGGCAGUGUUUUCGCCGUCUACAACCUAUGUGUGCAAGGAUUGCCGUGCAACGAUGCCUGCAUCUGUAGGGGCGGCUGCUUCUGCAGUGGAUUCUACGACCCUUGUUACGGGUGCAAGAGCUGCGGAAAAGACGACAAGGAUGACGAUGAUAAAGACAAUAAAAACGACGGGGACAGCCAACAUGAAAAUUCGAACAACGAUGGAAGCGAGAAUAACAACAACGAUAAGAAAAAUAAUGAUAAUAAUGGUAACAGUGAUAAUAAUAAGAAUAAUAGCAACUCGAAUUCUUGCAGAUCGUGCGGAUACGGUGGAAAAUACGGUUUCCGCACGGCAUCCAGUGGAGACUACGAAAGAUGCUGUGGAUGUUGUGACGUUUGCGGAGGAGUUGGCUACAGAUUCGGCGCAUGCUACAAAGGAGGAUCCUGUGGAGGUGGCAAAUCUGGUUGCUGCAACAACAAUUACAGGGCGUGUGGCUGCUCGAAAUCUGGUGGCUGUAACAAUGGUUACGGGUCGUGUGGCUGCUCAAAAUCUGGUGGCUGUAACAAUGGCUACGGAUCAUGCGGCUGUUGUAAAUCGUGUGGGAGUGGUAACGGCUACGGAUCGUGUGGCUGCUGUAACUCCGGUGGAUUUAACAGUUACGGCUUGUGCGACUGCGGUAAAUCGUGUGGGAGUAGCAAAGGUUACAGUUCAUGUUGCUGCUGCAAAUCGUACGUUAAGGAUUCCGGAACGUCAACAGACAACACAUCAAGUGGAAGCAACGAUGGAACCAAUGGAAGUGGAUCGGGUUGCAGCUGUGGAGGUGGAGCGUCCGGGUCAUGUGGAGGAAGUGGGAAAGGGAGCUGUGGAAAUAGUGGGUCAUGCGGAGGCUUUGCAAGAAGCGGUUGCGGGUCGUGUGGAGGUAACGGAGGAGAUGGUUACGGAUCGUGUGGAAGCUGCGGCAGAAGCGGUUAUACCUCGUGUGUAGGCGGCGGAUCAUGCAGUUGCUACGGAUUAAGUGGACCCUGUGGAUCUUGUGGAGGGUGCGGAUCAUGUGGAGGUUCUGGAUGUGGUGGAAGCUGUGGAUCAUGUGGAGGUUCUGGAUGUGGUGGACGCUGUGGAUCAUGUGGAGGUUCUGGAUGUGGUGGACGCUGUGGAUCAUGUGGCGGAUCUGGAUGUGGUGGACGCUGUGGAUCAUGUGGCGGAUCUGGAUGUGGUGGACGCUGUGGAUCAUGCGGCUGUGGAUCGAGCGGAAACUGCUGCCCUAGCGGAAGCUCCGGACCACCUCGAGGUUCCUGCGGAAGUUGUAGCAGAGGUCCAUACGGUUCUGGAAGAGCAGGUUACGUUCACGGUGCAUGUGGAUCGUGCAGAGGGAAUGGUGGCUGUGACAAUCUCGUUGAAGGGUUGUUAUCAGUGCUUGCUGCUAGAAAGCAUUACUAAGUUCGAAUUUGAGGCACGCAGUAACAUCAUUAGCGGGUUAGCUUUCGCGCGUGCACUUGUCUUGGCGCCUUUUUUUGCUCUUAAAAUCUGUGUCUUUUUCACUGUCACUAAUCGACAGCACUGACACUUCAUUACUCAUGUCUUGAAAGGAACAAACAUUAAAUGUUAUUAUCUAACUGAAAA